GAUUUCAGGUUAGUAUUUACUAGGAAAACGAAUGGUUACUGGGGUCUUUCAAGUAUCAGUUUAUUAUCAGAGCUUGCAAUAACCAAGGGAGUAAAUGGAGCACUUCUUACUGAGAGCUGGAAUGGUUAUGGUUAUGCGUGUUCUCAAACUCCGGCUGGUUUCUUUCAAAUGAAUAAUAAAGACUACUCUGUUGGAAUUGGGUUUAUUAAUAUGGAAAUUGAUCUUGAUGCUUCUAGCCACGAGGGAUCUCUUAGAUUUAAUCGAAAUGUGUCUGACUGCAUUGGUACAUUUAGCGUUGGUUCGUGGAUGGGUAUUGUGUGUUCCUUGGUUCUGGCAUCUAUACUCAUGUUUGGGUACUUAAUGUUGCAAUCCGUUCAGACAAUGGAUCGUUUUGACGAUCCAAAACAAAAACAAAUUGUUAUUAACUUCAAAGAAUGA